GGAAGUACUUUUUUUGUGCUGCUGACGAGACGCUGAUUUGUUGCACUGACAACAACCAGCUAGCUAGCUAUCUUCUUGAAAAAAAAUACACUUUUAAAUUGUUGCGUGCCAUUAUAACUAGCUAGCUAGCCGAGAUCAAAAUGACCACUAAAAAGAAGCGGACACCACAUUCACAAAACGACAGAUGGGUUGUUGUUGCAGCAGACUCUGCAGUGGAAACACCAAAGAAAGAUGACAGUGACCCUACUUUCAUCCGGCUUAGGAACCCUUCAACAGAUGCAGCGUCUUUGUACCUGUUGGGCAGUGGUGAUGUGCAGCUGUAUGAGGUCAAAGCCUUCAAGGAGGACUUCCACUCCUGGUUCAUUGGCCAGACAGUACAGCGAGAUGGGAGACUUCUGUAUGUCACUCCAAUGGAUCCCCUCUACCUACUGUUGCCCUACUUGAUCAAAGCGGGUGAAGAGGGGAAGUUCCAGCCCGUGGACCAGGUAGUGAUGGACGAGGACUUCCCAGCAUGCACCAGGCUGCUGAGCUGCACACGCUCCCAGACCUCCCUGCACCAUGUGGCUGAGGAGAAAGAGGUGGGCAGUCAGAAGUUUCAGCGCUACAGCCAGGAGAGGACCAUGGAAUGGUUAAAGAAAAAGGCUGAGAGGACAGUGAAGACCCUCAGAAAGAGUAACAUCUCAGUGGGAGAGGGAGUAAAGUCCACGACGUAUGUCCGAGUCAAGCAGGAGUCAGAGACCCAGGAAGAGGACUACCUGCGGUAUGCCCAUGGUCUGAUAUCUGAGUACAUCAGUGAAGACCUGAGCAAAGCCCUCCUCAAGCAUCUCCAGUUACCUGAGCUCUCAAGUCCUAAGGAGGUGGAGCCUCCCUCAAAGAAGCGGAAACUGACUGACAAACCACUGGAGGCAGGAGAAGACUACACCAAAUUCAACAGCUCCGAUUUCUCCCGCAAACCGCCCAAGAAGAUGAGUGCUGCACAGAAGACCCUGGCCAAGGUGGACAAAACAGGCAUGAAGAGCAUGUCUGCCUUCUUCAGCCCCAAGGGCAAGGCAGAGAAAAAAUGAAUGUUAGGAUGAUACAGCAGUGUCUGUCGGUCGGUGUGUGUGUGUCUAGUGUGUGUGUGUCUGCCGGUGUGCGUGUCUACAGUGUGUGUGUCUGUCGGUCUCUGUGUGUGUGUCGGUCGGUCGGUUUCUAGUGUGUGUGUGUCUGUCGGUGUGUGUCUACAGUGUGUGUUGGUGUGCGUGUCUAUAGUGUGUGUCUGUCAGUGUGUGCCGGUCGGUGUGUGUGUCGGUGUAGUGUUUAUGUCUGUCGGUGUGCGUGUCUACUGUGUGUGUGUGUCGGUUGGUCGGUGUGUGAGUAGUGUGUCUGUUGGUGUGUGUGUGUCGGUCUGUGUGUCUACAGUGUGUGUCGGUCUGUGUGUCUACAGUGUGUGUCGGUCUGUGUGUCUACAGUGUGUGUCGGUCUGUGUGUCUACAGUGUGUGUCGGUCUGUGUGUCUACAGUGUGUGUCGGUCUGUGUGUCUACAGUGUGUGUCGGUCUGUGUGUCUACAGUGUGUGUCGGUCUGUGUGUCUACAGUGUGUGUCGGUCUGUGUGUCUACAGUGUGUGUCGGUCUGUGUGUCUACAGUGUGUGUGCACGCACACAUGUGCUUUUGGUAAUAAAGAAAAUAACUAUUUU